AUGCUCGGGUUCGCCGCGUCGCUCCUUGGCGAAGCCAUUACCGGGCAAGGAAUCCUCUCGCAACUCAACCUGGAAACCGGAAUCCCCAUCGCGGAAGCCGAGCCGCUGCUCCUCUUCUUCAUCGCAUUCACCGUGCUCGGCGCGAUCGGCGGGCUGAGCGACCGCGGGCGAUUCGUCGAUGACGAGGCGCCUGCCGGGCCGCCCGUGAAGCCUGGCAGUUUCAAGGCUGCGCUUGGACUGAGCGAGGACGGGCCGCUGUUCGGGUUUACCAAGGCAAAUGAGCUUUUCGUGGGGCGCAUGGCGCAAUUAGGGUUUGCUGCGAGCUUGGUUUGCGAGGUGAUCACUGGGAAAGGUGCUCUGGCGCAGCUGAAUAUCGAGACUGGGCUGCCCAUUUUUGAGUUGGAGCCGCUGCUGCUGGCGAGUAUUGUGUUCUUCUUCGUCGCGGCUAUUAACCCCGCCGGCAAAGGCGCCUCAAUUCCAUUCCAUCGCCUAGCAGGCACCUCCGCCAUUGCUCCCUGCAGGCCAGGUGUCACCGCCCUCCUAGGCUUCAACAAAUCCGCCGUCCCCGCUAAAACCACUCCUGUCAAGAAGCAACUCCGCACCGAAGAUGGCAUCUUCGGCACAUCCGGCGGCUUCGUCUUCACGAAAGCGAACGAACUUUUCGUCGGCCGCGUGGCGAUGCUCGCAUUUGCAGCGUCGCUCCUUGGCGAAGCGGUUACCGGUCAAGGAAUCCUAACGCAAUUUAACCUCGAAACCGGAAUCCCCAUCACGGAAGCCGAGCCGCUGCUCCUCUUCUUCAUCGCAUUCACCGUGCUCGGCGCGAUCGGCGGGCUGGGCGACCGCGGACGAUUCGUCGAUGACGAGGCGCCUGCCGGGCCGCCCGUGAAGCCCGGCAGUUUCAAGGCCGCGCUAGGACUGAGUGAGGAGGGACCCCUGUUCGGGUUUACCAAGGCAAAUGAGCUUUUCGUGGGGCGCAUGGCGCAAUUAGGGUUUGCGGCGAGCUUGGUUGGCGAGGUAAUUACUGGGAGAGGUGCUCUGGCGCAGCUGAAUAUCGAGACUGGGUUGCCGAUUUUUUAG